AAAAGCUUCAAUGGCUUCCACAGCAAGGAAUUGCAUUAUGCUUCUAGCUUUGUUCUUGUUCUCCAUUUCUUCCUCCUCAGCCUUCCCAUGGGGAAAGAAGCAAAGACCCAAGCCUUGUAAGGAGCUUGUUCUUUACUUCCAUGACAUUAUUUACAAUGGAAAGAAUGCACGCAAUGCCACUUCCGCCAUUGUUGCAGCCCCACAUGGUGCGAACUUGACCAUUUUGGCGCCCCAAUUUCACUUUGGAAACAUAGCUGUUUUUGACGACCCCAUUACUUUGGACAACAACCUUCACUCCAAGCCAGUGGGUCGAGCUCAAGGGCUUUACAUUUAUGACACCAAAAACACCUUCACGGCUUGGCUUGGUUUCUCAUUUUCUUUGAACUACACGGCCUAUAAAGGCACCAUCAACUUCAUUGGAGCUGACCCAAUUUUGGUGAAGGCUAGGGAUAUCUCCGUCGUCGGUGGUACCGGAGACUUCUUCAUGCACCGUGGUGUUGCUACCAUUGUGACUGAUGCUUUUGAAGGAGAGGUCUACUUUCGGCUCCGUGUUGAUAUUAAAUUCUAUGAAUGUUGGUGAUUUUGAGCUGAUAUUAUUCGCUUUGGUUUUGUUCUUUCUAUCAUCGUAUUUAUGUAUGAUGUAAUGUUCUUGAAAAAGAACUAUUGCCAAAUGAUUGGUUCAAUAAAAGUUGUGGUAGAAAGAUAUUGAAA